CAAAUGCCAUGGGUUUCACAAUUAUAAAAUCAGCUGAUGCACCUUCUCAUUAGAAAAUGCACAACAAUUUUCCCGCCACAAUUCAAACAAUGAAAUAAAUGAUACGGCGAUGAUCUGAGCAUUCCAAUGUUUCGAAAUAAGUUGACAGCCGUAUUUAACCAAUCAAAUUGACAGCUGAAGAGUCCGAUAUUAGCUGUCAUUAACGAUGAUGAUAUAAUGGUAGCAAAGAUAACGUCGUACGAUGCUAAUAUUUUUAACAGCACUUACGAUAAUAUUCGUUUGAUUGGUGAUAAGAUUUGGGAAUAUAAUCAGUCGGACCCUUAUCGCAAGCUCAAUCGUUCCCUGUGGAUAAAGAUAUCCCAGUUAUCCCGUAAUCACAACCUAAAGAAAGCGAAGCUUGUAUCGCAAGUAAUUCCCGAGUCACGAUUAUCAAAAUAUGGUAAUUAUCAUUACGAUGAUGAGCGAGAAUAUCUCUAUGUCAGAGAUAUCGAGACAUCGAUCACUCACGAGCCCAUCAGCUGUUCCAUGGAAUCAAGAGAGCCCUGGUUACAUCCAGACGUCAAGAAGUACUUCACCCGGUUGAAGUCAAAAUCCUUUCAAUCAGAGGCAUUGUUAAACGAUGAAUCGAGUGAUUCAGGAAUUAUCGAUGAUGAGUACAGGAGACACUGUCGUUUACCCUACACAAUCACCACCGCUGCUGAAUUUCAACUCAAACUUCGUAUAUCGAGUGCUAGAGUAAUCGACCUGUGGAGAAACAAUUAUCAUAAACAAUUUAUGAGUAACGAUAUCCAGAAUAGUUGUUAUGAAAGUAAUAAAGAACAACGAACCCAUCAGAUCCAUCAUCACAAACGAAUGGGGAUUGAAAACGAUAUAUUGUGUAAUGUACAGACACAUGCUAUAGUUAUAUCGAGAAAUCGAUGUAGAGAGAGAGAUUGCAAGUGUAGUGCAAAGACAUCUGUGCCAAUUCUUAGUGCUGAAGUACCAGAAUUUUUUCCAAAAGGACAACGACUGGAGGUGCAAUAUGAGUCUGUACCACUUCAGUAUUUUCCCUCUGUACCAGAGAGAAUUUACAAUCGUCCAACGUUGCCAAAUGUCACAUCUAUGUACCAAAAUCCUGGAAUUCCACUAUUGGCAACACCCAUUAUGACACCACUGAUCCGAACACCCCAAUGGUUACCAAGAAUAGCUCCACCACUGCAAAUUCAAGUGCCUGUAUGUACACUAGGACCACAGACAUUCACAACAAUUCAAUCAAUCUGUCCCAUCAUUCAUCGCCCACUUCAAUUGAAUGAAAAGAUUAAUCAUCACGAUCAAGUGACAACGACAAUUCCAGUCUAUCAACGACCACUGGACAAUUUUCAGGAGAACAGGAGAAAGACUCAGACCGUUGAUUUUAAGAAUUUAAUACUCCUGACGAAGAGCGGACUGAAGGCUAGACGAAGUCAAUCAAAACAUCCUGAGCCCUUCAAUGUAUCACCAGAGACGGGUAAUAAUCAUCAACCUGAUAAUUUACUGCAAUUUGUGGAUAAAAGGAUUCAACCAAGAAGACCCAGACACUUCAUAACAUCGACUCCUGUCGACCAAAAUUCCCGUCAUUUGGAUUGUCACCUAGAUGUUGAUGAUGUAUGCGAAUCUGCCUCAUCGAAGUGUCACCAUACCAAAAACUUCCUGACCCCCAAGCCCUAAAUUACUCCCCCUCCCCCCCUUUAAACAUAAACAACAAUCAUCUUAUGAAUUAACACCUUAUCCCUGAUACAUGUCCUCAACUACUGAUAAGUAAAUACUGAAUUCUCCAAGAAUAAACGUGACAGCUUGUUUAAUUGGACAGGAUGUAGAUUCCAGGAAAAAAAAGCCUGAAUCUACAUUUUAUAACAGCAGCUGCUUAUGCGUGACGGCUCAGAGGGGGAGAGAGAGAAGGGAACAAAAAAAAAUAUCAAAGAUAAACACAAAACCAGGCACAGGACUGAUUUUUGUUUAUGUAUGUGUGCAGAGAGGGUGAGGUGCGUGACUAGUGGGGGAUUUUAUAUGACUCCAGGUAUCAACUGGCACAUUGUGGCAACGUCGCGACAGAUUGAGUUCAGGCAGUACGUACAGGUUGCUAAGCAACCGUCCCAAGUCUGGGGAGGUCAGCAAUACGAGCCACAGCCAAGUCUCGAGCGUAUAGAAAACGAGGAUGGCUAUGUGCUGUAGAGCGGUGGGAUAUACAAAACCCGGAACCAGG